UCUCUCUCUCUCUCUCUCACUGUGCUCUUUCAGAAAUUCCAGAUCAUUCCACAACCUUCCAAUGGGCGCACACCUGUUUCUUCUUAUAACCUCAACUCCACCAUUCUCCAUCUCCAUUAUUCCACUUCUUGCGCCUGCGUAGAUAUCUCUAUCUCGCUCUAUUUACGAAACCUCAAUCGUAUGGCUUCCGAGGCUGAGGUGUCGGAGCUUUCUUCAAUGUUUGAAAGGGUGGUGAGGAACAGAGACCUGUCUCUGUUCAUACCCUUCAUCAUGGGCUUCGCCGGCCCAAGAAGGGAUUCACAACCAGGGGACGUCCCAGAUCAAGAAUCUGAGAAUACACCCUCAACGCCACGUGACAGGAUCAUCCUCAUCAACCCCUUCACGCAAGGCAUGGUGGUGAUUGACGGCACUUCGGGCUUGGAUUCCCUGCUGCGCGAACAGGGUGCCAAGGAUGGGCAGGCACCGGCCUCGAAGGCUUCUAUGGAGGCCAUGCCGAAUGUGGAGGUGGAUGAAGACGGUGGGGAUUGUGUGAUUUGCUUGGACGAGUUGGAGGUUGGUGGGGUGGCCAAAGAAAUGCCCUGUAAGCAUAGAUUCCACGCAAAUUGUAUAGAGAAGUGGUUGGGGAUUCAUGGGUCUUGCCCUGUUUGCAGGUACAAGAUGCCUGUUGAGGAGGAAGAUGUGGGCAAGAAGAGGGAUGAGGAAGAGAGAGAGAGGAGGGUUGAGAGGGAGAUUUGGGUUAGUUUUUCUUUCAAUAGUGGUAGGAGAAGUGGGGAUUCAAGUCAAACUCCAACCAGUGAUUCCAAUGAUCCCAAUGAUUCUUCCUCGAGUCCUAGGCCUGAUCAUGAAACGGAGGUCUAGAAAAUUAUAUAUGAUCUAUUUUUUUCCUUUUGUAUUUCGGAAAUACGAUGUACAGGAACGAAGCGUGAUUUUGUUUUUGUUUAAAGGAAUAAAUGGAUUACAUUUUUGUGUCA